GAGGGGGGUUAUUCUACUAAAUUGCAAGAAUUCACAUACUUCAGAAAUGUUUGAAAAAAAAUGCAUAGUACAAAUUAGAGUGUGUAUUUGAUUGGAAUGACGGGUAAUCUGAUUGGUAUGAAUGGAUAGUUUUCCACCACUCCUAAAGACACUCCUGCCAUACCGUUGUAUUACUCUGCACUUGGACUUGACUCGGUGACAAAUAGUCACACCCCCCCCACACCCGGUAGCAACUGUAUCCGCCUUCCCGUGAGGAGCGCGUGAGGAAUGCGCAGGUGCAUCCACAUCGGAAGACGCCAAACCACAACACAACUUUUAGCGGUUCUACCCCGCAUCCACCUUGUCUUUAACUUUCAUUCUGUAUGGAAGUAGACCUGAAUGCAAAAAUACGUUUAACCGCAGUAUAUUUGAAUGGAUUGAAGUGUUGCGGAGGUCUUGUGGUCAAUGUUUAAACGCUGCUAUAUUCUUUUUUUUUUUGGGGGGGGGGGGGGGGGUUCGUGAGGCCGAAUCGUGUGCGACCCGCAGCGACUCCUGUCCCGCGCCGUUUCCGCAUUCCCACAGCCGCAAGACUCCCGCGGCCGCAGAGCGUUGAGCCAUGAGCUCAACCCCCCAAAAACCGGUUCCUCUCGCUUUUCCACCGAGCCACUGCUGGCGGUGCACUGCCGUCCGACACAAGAAGAGGUAACGAGUGGAGAGGAGGACGGUCGUGACUAGCCUUGAUCGCGUUUUUCUCUCCAGGGCUGGGGCGACAGCGAACCGCGUUGUUGUACUCGCACUCUAUUUUUGUUUAAACCACAUAAAACCGGAUCACUGGUCUGGGUGCCUGUGUAGGGGGUCCUUGAUGCUCUGUGAUGGAGGACUGCUGUCGCACCUGUAUGCCAUGUCUCGGCUGUAUGUGGAACUGUAUAUGGCCGGAAUUCCAUUACCCAAACGUGCCCAUCAACGACGACACCGGCGCGACGCGACGUCCCGCGGACAUUCGGACCAUCUCCGGUGACAUCAGCGUCCCGUCGCCCAAGAAGCGGCCGGUGCAGUUGUACGCGGCGCUGUUCGACUUCGAAGCCCGCAGCGAAGAGGAGCUAACGGUGAAGGAGGGCGACAAACUCUCUGUGAUCGAAAAACGGGGGGACUACGUGCUUGCCAAGAAGCUCACCGGUUCUCUGGAGUCCGGGUUGGUCCCUGCCAACUACGUGGCCAUCCUCCAGGACGAGUUUGCCAAACACAAGUGGUACUAUGGCAACAUUAAUCGUGGGAAAGCGGAAACCCUUCUUUUGGCCUCUCAGAACCAAGAUGGCUCCUUUCUGGUGCGCAUCAGCGAGAGCCAUAGCGACGAGUACACCAUAUCAGCCCGGAGCGAGGGCAAGGUGUACCACUUCCGGAUCCAGCGCUCCUCCAUCGGAGCCUACUUUGUGUCCGACAAGCUGUCCUUCGGCACGCUGGGAGAGCUGAUCAACUACUACCAGAACAACUCCCGUAGCCUGGGUGUGCCACUGGGCCUGCCCUGUGCACAGCAGCGGGAGCUGUUUGACAUGGAGCCCUGGGAGCGACCCAGAGAAGAGUUCCAGCUGCACCGGAAGCUGGGAGAGGGCCACUUCGGAGCGGUGUGGGAGGCCACCUGGACCACGGAGCACCGGAAGGUGGCCAUCAAGAUGCUGAAGCAAGAGGACACCAAGCAGGAUGAGUUUGUGAAGGAGGUGCAGGCGCUGAAGAGCCUCCACCACCCCAAGCUGAUCCAGCUGCUGGCGCUGUGCUCCAGAGGGGAGCCUGUCUACAUCGUCACCGAGCUCAUGUCCAAGGGCAGCCUCAAGGCCUACCUGGCCUCUCCAGAGGGCCAGGUGCUGAAGUCGGCCCACCUGAUCUACAUGGGCAGCCAGGUGGCGGAGGGUAUGGCCUACCUCGAGGACCGCCACAUCGUGCACCGGGACCUGGCGGCUAGGAACAUCCUGGUGGCCGAGGACCUGGUCUGCAAGGUGGCCGACUUCGGCCUGGCCCGCAUCAUCAAGGACAGCGUGUACACCGCCAGCCGCAGCACCAAGAUCCCCGUGCGCUGGACGGCGCCGGAGGCCGCGCUCCACCAGCGCUUCUCCGUCAAGUCUGACGUCUGGUCGUUUGGCGUUCUGCUCUACGAGAUGAUGUCACGAGGGAAGAUGCCUUACGAUGGGAAGAGCAACAAGGAGGUUCUGGAGCUGCUGGCGUCGGGCUUCCGCCUGCCCAGUCCCGCGCGGUGCCCCCAGAACAUCUACCGCAUCAUGCUGGACUGCUGGGCCCCCGAGGCCCUCAAGAGGCCCUCCUUCCACGCCCUGCACAGCCAGCUGGACUCCAUCUACGCCCACAUCUACUUCAAGACCAUCGAAGUGUAGAGAUUAGAACCACGGACCUUACCCAACGCAACCUCACUUCCUGUCGGUUCCACUGCACCAAAGAGAGGCCAAGGAAGAGGGGGGGACGACAACGAUGAAGAGGGGACGAUGAUGAAGAGGGGGCAGACCCAAGAGAGGAAAGACGUUUUCUUGGGUUCCUACUUUCCUUUGGUUCCUACCACUGCCUCAAAGGAAACACAAGCCGAACAUUCUGAGCACUUUCACACCAACCGUAAAGAGUUUUGUACACAGUUUUGUCCUUUUUGAUAUUGUAUUGCUUCUACAAGUGCCAAGUGUAUAAGUGUACAUACACACACACACACACACACACACGUGUAGUACAUGUUCAGAGGUUGGGCUUUUGAAAUAACGUAUGAAUCAGGGCCAUGUGCAAUAAUGACGUGUGUGCGGAUGUUCACUGCUCCAUAGCCUCCGUGCUUUUUACUUGAGGACUGGAACGGGCCAACGUAAAUCCUUACAACCAAUAUGGAGCCGAAUCGCAACAAGAGUGCCUACGUUUACACUACAGACUGUUCUUCAUGGACUACAAAAAUGGAGACGCACACAAAAGUACAGACGGAUUGCACAGAGAAUGCUGAAUGGAUGAUAAUGUUAUUAUUAUUGUUGAAACAAUGCAAUUGACGAAAAUAUCUAUUUUAAUCAUUUUUGGUGUUUUCUAUGCAUGAAAUUCAACAAGGUAAAAUUAACUAAAGGAAACUUGAGCCAUGACACCAUUUUAGUCAUAUAUUAUGGGGUAGGCUAUAUCAGGUGAAUGACAACAGCCAGGUGAAUUUAACAGAGGUAUUAGCUUUAGCCCUACAACCGGAUCAUCCUGUUACACCUGUUCACCUCUUUAUUGACAGAAAGUCUUGUAGGCUAGUAUUAAGUUCCAGCUAGAGGGACUUCAUACAAAAGCAUGGGGCUAGCCUUGUAGCUUUUGUUAAGAUAUUGCAUGAACAAACAGAACAACUUUGAACUCCACAAACUGUGUGCCGUCUAUGGCUUUAGGCAAUAGCCAUAAAUCCAUAGUCCA